AUGGCGCAACGAGCUGAUACUUCCUUGAAACUUGCUUCGCCUAUCAUGGAAGGUGCGCGACACACAGAUGAGGGCGCUCAAACUGAUAUAGCCACAACCUCAGACCGCGAAGAGCGCGCAGAAAAUUAUUUGCCAGACGCCAUUAUCACGGAAAUAGAGGAUGGAGUUGAAAUGGGUGUUGCAGAGGAUGAAGAGUUUGUGCGAAAAUAUCUCCCUCCUGACAGUGAUAAUGUGGAGGAUGUUGAGAGAUAUCAACUUGGAGGCUAUCAUCCCGUCUCUUUGGGCGAUAUCUUGGGCGGCUAUGAGAUAGUUCAUAAACUUGGCUUUGGCGGGUAAGUUGACACUACUAUUCGUGAGAGGAUAUAUCAUACUAAUUUUUGAAAGAUUCUCCACUGUUUGGCUAGGCUGGGAUGUCAGUAAUAAAACCUAUGCCGCCAUCAAGAUUAACACCGCAGAUGCGACAGUGAAUUCUGACGAUGACAUAUUUAAACAUAUAUUGGAGAAAGGAGCUGAUCAACCAGCCUUGAAAUACAUCGAGCGGCCCAUUCGAUAUUUUACUGUGUCGGGACCUAAUGGAUGCCAUCUAUGCACUGUAUCCAAUAUUCUGGGACCAAGCAUAUCGCAGCUCACAAGAGAUGAAACCCCUCUGGGGAUUGAAGAGACACGACGUAUGGCAAUGCAGUUGACACAAUGUGUCGCUUUCCUUCACUCCAAGGACAUUGGAAUCGCCCAUGGGGAUCUGACAACAUCCAAUGUGCUUUUUGAAAUAUCCAGCAUCAAUCACUGGCCCGUUGAGGAGCUGAACGAUCAUCUUGGAAAGAUUAGAGUAGUGAGAGUAUUCGAUGAAGAUGGAGAACUCAAUACCACGGAUUUCGCCCCAGAAUACCUAGUUGAGCCCGUGAACCCAAUGAAUCUCUUCGCUCUCAGAACAGGGAACAUUAAAGUCAUCGAUUUCGCAGAGUCUUUUAAUUUGGACAGCCCUCCUGAAAAUGGCGUUGGUACACCAUUCCCAUUUUGUUCUCCCGAGUUGCUGGUUCACAAGAGUGCUGGGAAGGCAUCAGACAUUUGGGCAUUAGCUUGCUCGAUUUUGGAGAUGCGAGCUGGUGAACCUUUGAUCAUGGGAAUGAUGGGUGAUGAAGGCGAGAUUUUAUCCCAGAUGAGAUCGCUGUUUGGUCCUUUCCCGGAGAAUUUGAGAGACCCUGAGGUCAAUGAGGAUGAGGUUUAUGAUGACUCCUGGACUUUGAAAACAAGGAUUUUGGGGGAUGAACCGAUGGAGAAUGUCACGACGAACGGCCCAUAUCAUCUUCUACCGAAUCAUGAGAGCUUUGCCGAAGAGAGACGUAAAAUUGGUUGGCUCGCACGUCUGAAGACAUGGGUCUGGGGCUUCUUCAGCAGUUGGUGGACAGCAGCGUUGGAAUAUAUUCGCAAUGCUCGUCGCACAGAGGAAGAGCAAGAGGAAUAUCAACGUAAGGCUGCAGAGAGACGAGAGUUGAAGGUACUAUAUGAUCUGCUCAGUGGAAUUUUCAAAUACGAUAUUGAGGAACGGUUGAAAGCGGAUCAGAUGUUGCUUCAUCCAUGGCUUUCACCAGAUACAAAUUUGUAA